AUGGCUACAACUCGAGCUGCCACUUUCUCAGCAAAGAUUCGAACACUCUCCGAGUUUCAAGUACGACUUCAAACAAAUCAACAACCACCAUCAAAUGCCGAAAUCAUCACAACACUUCGCUACUUUCAACAAACACUUAUUGGAUUUCUCAAGGAUUUCCCAUCGGGACAAGCGCACUUUUGUCAGAAAUUCUCAAUGGAUCCAGCCAGAUGGGCGUUGUAUCCGAAUUUGAACUACUCAGGACUCUUCUAUGCGAUUGUCAAUUUGCUUGAUGUAUUCCCACUAAUCACUUCAGGACAACAAGCGGUCGGCGAAGCGAUUCUUGACACGAUGAAGGCGUUGAUGUUAUUCUUGGAUCGCGAUUCGAUUGAACAACUCCCACUUGCACUUGCUUCACAAAUCGGAGUUUUUCCGAGUGAACUUAAUAAACAAAUAGUCCAUGUAUUGGGUGAUUGUCUCUUCCCAUUCGCACUUUGUAAUGAAACGAGCAUUCGUCUUUCUGUGCCUGGAUGUAUCAUGCUCGUCUUACAAAACACGAAUGAUCCAAGUUUACACACGUGGAUUUUGGAAGCAAUGAUGUCAUGCAGUGAAGAGGUUUAUCGAGAUGUGAUUGCCGUUAUUGCAAAGGGGACUUCUGAAUCCCGGGUUUCUGCUGCGAAUCUCCUUUUUCAUUAUUGGCCUUUCUCAAAUCCGCAUGUGCUUCAUCGAAAAACGAUUCAAUACCGUGUACAAGCUUGGACCACAUUAAACUGUCAAAAUAGCAAAUGUACAGAAAAGGGAGCUGCACUCAAAAAAUGCUUUGAUCCGAUUGUUUGUGCUAAUGUUGGUGACACUUCUCCACCGGUAUUUCUCUGUCGAAAGUGUGCAGACACAGUGUUUAGCGAGAAACAAGUUCCUUUGGAGAUCAUGGUUCAACCAUUGCCUACAAGCACACAUGGAAGCUGUCAAAAUAAGGGAUGUGAGUCAACAUUUCGUCUAGCGAUUGGCACAUGUUUCUCAGUGGAAUGCUCGAAAAACAAUGGAUAUGUGCCGAUCAGAAUGUGUCAGGAAUGCCUUGUGAAUGAACAUCAAGGAGAAAAUGCAUCUCAUUUCCGACAAAAGGGAUCUGGCGUGGUUUGGAGUGACGCCGAGCUAUGCUGGGAUAUGGUUGAAGCAAUUGUUCAACUUCUUCGUGAAACUGCUACUCAUCUUGAGGGAUCAGAGGGUGAGGGAAAAAGACCGAAAUGGUUACGACAACUCGAGGGUGGACAUCAAAUGGGCAAAGACAUCGAUCGAAUGGCUGAUGAGAGAAGAAUGUUGUCGAGAUUUGGAGUAUGGCUAAUGGCGGCACUCACUCCACCAACGAUUGAAGCUAAUCCGAAAGCCAUCUCCUACAUGAUGAGCACCGUUUUUCAAUGGUUUGCCACGACAGCCCUGCUUCCAAAUGAUACAAUGGGACAAUCGCUUGAGCAACUCAAAACUGAUUUCGUCUGCGAGUGGAUAAAUCUCGCAAUCAAAAAUCAUUACGGGGUUUUUAUUCAAACACUCAGCCCAGCUCCAUCAGAUUCUGAUGAUCGACCAGCUUUAGAGCAAACAAAAGAAGCUCUAGGAAGAUUACUUGCACUAAUGCCUUAUGAUAUCAUUUCAUUUGAUACAUGGAAUCGCGUGAUUCCAAAAUGGCUUCAGUACAUCUACGAAGAAGCACAAGAAGAACAUUUGAGUGAACUGAAAGUGUUACUCGCGAAAAUCUUUGAGCCAGACCUAUGCCCACUACCGUUUGACACUGUAAAAGUGUUCGAAUUCUUGACAAAGCAAUUAUUGUCAAAGAAUUAUGACAUGAUCUUUCACGGAUUGCAAUGGUUACAUCAGCUUUCACAAAUGGAAAUCACAAUCCCGCUGACGAUGCUUUUAGAAGAUUUCAGCGGUUGUCUUCUUCAGCUUAAUGCUGUGGAUUUGCCUCCAAUUGGUGAGAAUGAUCUUGAAUCUGAUGAGGUCUCACUUCACGUUGUAAUGGUCGACAUUCUUGUCUUACAGUUACGUCUAAAUGAGAUUUCGACUCAUGAUCUAGCGGAUAUAUCAGAGAAACUUUUUAACACAUUAGCUUUAUUAUUGAACUGUCCGAUUCAUGUGGGUCCUCAUUGUUGCUCAAAUCCGGAAAUGGACGAGUUUCCCGAUUGCAAUGCCUGUCAACAAGCUGCUUUCCUGCAUCAGAUGUUGAUGUUGCUGGCUGAAGCGGUAAGCCCGAAGAAAGAAAUGGCAAUUCAAGCGACAGAGGAUAUGAUAUUGGAUGUACCAGAUGAGAUUUCGAUGACAACUUCUCAACCAUCCACACUCCUUUCCCCACAAACACAACAAACCGGCACCCAAGCUCCUGGUAGUGGAGUGAACACAGGUGCACAAGUGAGCCCAUUAGAAGGCCUUGAGGGUCUUCAAUUUCAUUCAGGAGCUGUCGUCGAGUUGAACGAUGAUGAAUGUGUCGGGAUUUUGCCUUCAGAAGAGGUCGAAAUGGAAAUGGCUGAAGCAGUGACACUAACAGAAAGCGAUGUGGGCAGAGAGGGAUGUCAUGUCAUCACAACCACACUCAUCGAGGGCAAGGGUGGCACUCCAAGCUCGUCAUCUCAACUCCCACAAAGCACCCCACCAGCUUUCUGGGACACUUCCGUAGGCAGAUUCCGUUUCACUCUCGAUCAACUCCCCGCUCAACUCAAACUCGUCCAUUCUUUACUUCAAAAUCUACUUCAAGAGAAAGAUCCUGACGUUCAAUGCUUUAUGCUCAACUCGUUGAAAUAUCUUUGCUUACAUUGUGAAGCACUGACAAAUGCUAGAAGAGAGCAUCGAGGGUUUUUAAUUUGGACUCUUGAGCAUAUGUUUGUUCCACAGAUGUGGACACUUUUACGAUCAGAUUUUGUUCAAGUUGGAGAGUUGGCUUCACUCCUUCUAAUUCAUUGUGUAACUUUUCCCGCUGGAGAAGAUAUUUUAUGGAAAGUUGUGACAAAGGAUUUCACAAGUGAAAGAUGGGAGACAAGAUUUAAUGCUGUUGGUCGUGCCUAUGUCUUGGCUCAUAUGAUGAAACCAGCUCCAGUCAAAGGAAACAAGGUUGUACAAACGACUCUAUCAGUGAUCUUUUAUCAUAUGGUUGUCUCCAUUCAUGAUCCUAGUGCUCAAGUAGCACAACGAGCUCUUAUCGCAUUACGAGUACUUCCCAGCACAACUCUAAAACUUGUUUGCCUUUGUUUUGAAGCUCAAUUCGAUGCUUGUAUCAUCGAUCGUCCUCUUCUUAUCCACGCCAUUCACACAUUGACUACACAAGUACCCGACGAAACAACGUUGACUUUUGAUUUCUUUAUUCAACGCUUUGAAACAUUAGUUAUUGAAAGUCAACUGAACUCGCAAAGUGAAGAAACAACUUUUGUACAAGAUCUUUCCCACUCUGAUCCAAUGUCCGAAUUGUAUCAGAGAAAAGUGGCAAAAGCAAGGAAAGCUCUUGAAGAAGCGAGUACUGCUCGUUCACUUGUGCGUCACCUUAAAAAUUCCUCUCUUCGACACCAGUUACCCCCAAAAAUCGCUGAUGAACCAGCUGACACCUCCCUUCAAGCGAAUUCUGUCGCCAGUCCAGCUGCGUAUUCAAGUGUUGAAAUAUUCGACGAUGAUUCAAACUCGGCCGAAGGUGGAUUUGGACGUUUACGAGAGUUUACUGACGAAGAGUCGAAUAUGUGCUUGUUGUUGAAUCGAGUCGUUGAUAUGGAAAACCCGGAAAGGCACACUGUUUACCUCAUCAUUUCACUCUUUGUCGCUUUCCUCUGCAACAAGAAGGCCUCACCAACAGAUGAGAAGCAAAACGCAAAAAAACAAUCGUUACUCUUUCGACAUUUCAACGCUUUACUUGGCUAUUCAAAUACGGAAAAAUGCUUCACGAUUCCACCAGCGAGAAUACGUCGAUCAGCUGUUUGCAAUGCUUUCUUGAGCGGUCUCCCGGAGAUUCUCGACUCGAAUCUAAUCAUUGGAAAUCAACUCCUUCCAACUGUUGUCCAACUCCUCAUCCAUCUCCCAUCUCCCCAAAAAUUAGCCAGUGAUCGUCACAAUUGCAACUAUUCGCUGAAAUUGCUUACCCAACAUGCUAGACAUUUAUGGUUAAACUCGUUGAUCUUGAUCCUUUACAAGUAUCGUUUUGACACCGUUCCGGUCAGCGAUGGAGUACUCAAAUUAAUCAACAUCGUGCUGAAAACGUUGGAAGGACAAGCUCACGUGUGCCCAGAGGAGCAGUGUUUGGAGGCGGAUUCGUGCGCGGGUUGGGGCGAUGUGUCGACGGAUGAUGACGACGGAGGAGUACGAGAUGAAGAAGGGAUGGGUACAGGCCCGUCUCGGCCAUCAAUCGUUCUACAGGCACGCAGGCCUGAGACACUCCGCGUUGCACGAAUCGCGGAACAAGUGGAACCGAUCAUGGAAAUGGAAACGGCUACUGUUGUUGAGCCGACUGUUGUCGUUAUGGAGCCAGGAGGAGCCGCUCAGGCAUCGCUUGUGCAAUCGUGGGCCAUACAGCCAACAAUUGUCGAACCAACAUCAUCGUUCAAUCGAUCGUCCGUCGAGCGCCGAAAAAAGAAGCAAUUGAAGAAAGAACAAGCAAACGAGAAGCAAAAGAAGAUGCAACAAAGCGUUGAAAUGCGAUGCGGUUUCUGCAAUUCGGUAGCUGAAAGUUUUGACGAGGAGACACUCUCAUUGUCACUUGUCUCACUAUCAGCUUUCCUUCAUCGAGAACCUGCAAUGGCGGCUCCGAUUCUCUUUCGAGUUCUUCACACAGUUACAAGAUUAAUCGAUAAACCACUCUAUCCUUGGCAUUCGACUGAUGUCUUUGUACCAGGAAAUUGUCGAUCUGUAGCCAAACAAAUGAUUCGAGUGGUUGUACAUCAACUCUCAUCUUCUGGAAUCGCUUUUCAACUCUUCGACUCUCCUCUAUCAAAAGAUGACUCUUUUUGGUCUACAAUCGCUCUUUCACUUGCUGAUUUCACUGAGCUCAGCCCUGUCUAUUUUAUCCAACUCUUACUUGAGGACAUCCAAGAAAGCUGGCCUACUCGUUUGUCAGCUGUCAUUCGAAAUCUAGCUAACUACAUUGUGGAGAUUCCCACCGACUCCUACAUUGUUCAAUGGAGCACUUUGGCUACUCACUUGGACAACUUUUUUCGGAAAUAUCAUACAGUGAUUUCCGCGGAAGGGUCUAAAAAGCCACAGAAGAAUGAGCUUGAGAGUGCAAUUGUUGUGAUCACUCACGUAAUGAAAGUGCAAAAUUUCUCUUCGUUCAAGAGUGCGGUAUCGCUUGUGGAUGGUUUCGCGAAAUGGUUGUCUGAGAGUAUGCACUCGACUCCACUUUCACUACCAUCACUACUCACCGUUUGCACGGCUUGCAAUCGAGCUUUGAUUAGGGAACGCGACAAGCAGUGUAUUACACGAGCGGUUGUUUCCGAACUCAUCCAUGCGAUCAAGUUCAAAUGCCCGAUGAACGAAGCAAACUAUAUGACGAUUGCUAAUAUGAUCUUGCAGGAUGCUGGAGAAUCAAUCCCAGUACCACUAAACGAUGAUCAAUUCAAUACAGCAGCUGCAGAAGCCGUUCGACCAUUCCUCUUUGAAAUCAUUGAUUUCAUUUCUGAUUUGCAUGUUCUUGCAAAAAUCAAAAAAGAAAUCCAAUCUGACAGCGUUGGUGGUGACUUAAAAGUGGCAUUGGCUGAGGUGAUCGCUGUGGAGAUGAGUCGCUCAAAUAGUCGUGAUUGUCGAACGGUGAUUCGUUUCAUUCCAUGGUUGAUGAGUCCUCCAUCGGUUACUCAAGCGGCACCAGGUGCUUUCGCCGACUCAGUCUCAAACGUUCGCGUUCUUUCGUGGCUUCUGUUGGGUGCACUUCAUGCUGGCCAGCAUUGUCUACCUGUUCCAAUCGAAUGCUCUCAACAUAUGGCUGAUUAUAUUCAUUUUGUUCUAGCUGGUUUUGCUGAUCAGUCAAAGCAAUCAGUGGUCCAUAUGUCGGCUUUAUUCCACGCGUUUCACUUGUGCCAAUUGUGGACAGUUUACUGCGAGAAAGCGGCGACUUAUUCAUCGCAAACAGCUUUCAAUCAUCUACUUGAUUUCUGGGCGCGUGUCACUCCAGCAAUUCUGCAACUAUUGAGUCACUCGAAAGUCCUAGCUGAUAUGGUGAAUCUUCACUUUUUGAAUACCAUUCAAGCUCUGCAACAAGUGAACUCAGCUCUACUCUGUCAACUCUUUGCCAUGUGGGCUCCGAUCUUAACCGCCUAUCAUUCGCAAAUCCCCAGUCAAUUGAGGAUGAAGUUGGAUUCCUGCGAAAACCAGCCUGCAUUGAGUCCUCCAAAGUUGGCUGAGUGGCUGAAGAAAGUUCGCUACAAGAUUGCUCAAGUCGAGCUGCAAACCUCAGCCGCUUCUCCAUAUUACACUGUA